AAUUUAUAUCAGAUUGAAAUUUUAUUUAAAAUUCUUAUAUUACAAAUCACAAUUAUGGAACAAAUUUUUCUGAUAAAAAAUAUUAUUCCAAUAAAUAUAAUACAAAUAUCAUAAGGAUAAAAUUCCUUGCGUUAAGACAUGGCGAACUUGGCCGACUUGCAAUACAAUCUAACCUGGGUACUGGACAAAGCCCUCUCUGGCCAUAAGAGGGCGGUGCAGCAAUUGGCCGGAGGUAGAGACGAAAGGCUCAAUAGGCUAAUUCACGAGGAUACCGAGUUGCUCAGAAUCUUGCUAAGGGAUAUCGCUCGCCAAAAUACUGGGAAUUCGGAGAUAAUUCCUGAAGGAAGUCACGAUAUCAACGAAUGGGUGUUUGGAAUCAUCCGAGAUGAUGGGACCGUCUCCCCCAAACCUCUUGUGGCUCAAGCCCUAACCUCCGGACGUUUAUACCUCUUGGCCAUCUCCGAGGUGUAUCUCACGUGCCGCCCAGCUCACGGAAAUCCUUACGCAAACCCGAAAUCGUACACCUUUUACCAUCCGCAUUACGCGCGUAAUAAUAUGUUGCCUUUCCAUUACAACAAAUCAAACUCUCCACAAUCGUUAGAAAGUAAUACAUGGACUAGGCACAAGUGGGCCGAUAUUUUGAACGCGAUACACGCCGAAAAUUACGGGAAACAGUAUGACAACGAAUACGAAGAUCAUGUCGAGGAAGGCGGUCGAUUUAAAAAUAGGAUAGUAGCAUCUAAAGACCAACCGCUAAUAACAUCCAUGGCUAAAGAACGAUUAACCGGAAUGGGCAGCCAUUUUGAUAUGGAUGCCCACACCGAUUUUGUAGACCGUCUAAUGAGGAUGCGCCUUAACAAUAUAUGCUUCGAUGGGAGUCCGAAAUUCGGGCUAUGCAAUGGCGACAAGCUACCCCAUAGCUAUUCGAAUAAACAGGAUCAUGACACCCUGACCCUUUUGCAGCUGUUUGACGUAAUAAUGGACGAGGACGAUGACGACAACAGCUUACACGAAAGAGAAAAGCUCGAAAGUCCCUCUCCCCACGGCCAGUCUAUUGAAACCCAGAUCAGCUUUUGCGUUAACAAAUUGUGUUCCAGGGUUGAAGGUUUUCUCAAAACGGCUAAUCAUCAAUUGCCUGAUUCGGACCCAGAACUUUUAAGCGAAGAUCUCAAACUUCUGGUACAAGCAUUGACUCGCAACAAUGCAAAUAUAUUCACUCGCUUACGAUCGGGCGAUUUGUUGCACGACACCAAAGACGCAACGGCUCUAUGUGGGAUACUCUACUUUUUUCACCCCGACGACUUCCCUCUCAUCGAUGUUUUAACUGGCGAUUUUAGCUUUAGUUGGUCUUGCUUACGAUCUUUCUUGGCUUCCAAAUUAACCACUGUGAUCAUUUACGACAAGAUUUGCGAAUAUUCUAACAAAUCCUUGCUCACCUCCAUUGACCAGCUGAUCCAUUUCCACCUUUCCACUCCCGAUAUUGCCGACAAUAACGUUCAGCUGGAUCACGAUAAAUACGAGGUAUUCCGCAAAAGGGCCCUGUUUUUCCUGGGCGAUUUAUUAUACAUGCUUUUCACGACUUGCCUCGAGGAAAUACGGCUGGAGGAGAACGAGCUGAGAGCGGAACACUACGCAGAUCAUAAUGAUAAUGGCAGCAGGGGUGAUAAAGAACGGUUUCCGCAAAACAACACCCACGCUGAACGCAACCAUUUCGAAUUAUCUAACGAGAACAGAUGGGAUUCCCGCAUUUAUCUUAAUCAAUUACCUGGAUAUCAAUCCGAUACUCGAAUCAAUUGCUUUCAAAAUGAGACAGGUCUUCCGAACCAUGGCCAACCUGCCCCUUAUAGACUAACCCAAAGCCAAAGCGAAAGCCAUGGGCAAUAUUUCAACGAUCAUGGCGGUGUUGGCACAAAAAAUAAUAGCAACAUCGACAGCCAUUACAAUUACCAACUUCCCAACAAAUAUCAUACCUAUAACAAAUGUCCCUUCGCUACCAAUGAUAUGAUGUAUAGAUCAAACAUCCUCAUGAAUCAUCAGCCGCCAAACCUACCUCUGCCAAAUUUCGCUGAAGCGAAACCAAAUAAUCACUUCCAAACUAACCUCAGAAACGCAUCUCGCUAUAACUGUAACAGCGGCGUUAACCGUAAUUCUCCCUACGGCCAACGUAUUAACGGCGAUAACGAUAAUAAUAAUCGCUACUACCAAAAUCGUCACCAACAAUUAUCGUCGUCCAAUCCCAAGACGAGGAUGGAGGCCAGGAAACAGCAGAUCCGACAAAUAUCCAGGUACGCCCGGAGAGGCAAUGCGCUACCCAACUCGAAAAGCGCCUUAUCUGUUGUCGAUUGCGAUUCCCUCACCAACAAUUUAUUGAGCCUAGAUCUGAACAGUCGCACCAACAACCGUUACUAUCUCGACCACCAUCAAUUCGAAACCGAAAGCCUCGUGACUAACAGCACCAACUUUCGGCACUCAUCAUCCUCUUCCCCUUCUAAUGGCGGCUCCUAUUUUGCAGCCGCUAAUCGUAAUGUUGUUCCAAAAACACGCCAGCCUUACAUCCCCAUUCCUCAGCACCCCAAUAAUAUCCAUCAUCGGCACCCAAAUGACGUUGAUAACUACAAUUUGCGCAAAUCUGGCCAUCAUUGCCAACCCGAACUAAUGUACGACAACGAUAUCCGAGAGACAAUAAAUAAGGAUCGCACUAGAGAUUUCGGCACAUUAGGAGCCCACUACAAAGAAGAAGGUUAUCGCGAUAGCAAUAUUAAGGAAGAAGAAUACAUUCGACGGGAUGAGAAGGAGAGGCCAAAUAACACCUACCUGGAAUAUCAGCCAGACCGUUUUAACCGGCAUAACACUGCCGCAUUUUCUAGCGAUAGGUAUGAUUACAAUUCCUACAAUGGAGAUAAGAGGGGCCAGCCGAAUAAUCCACUUCCUUACGUAAUACCUUAUUCAAGUAUAUCUGGGACUGGUGGCGGUUCCUCCGCCACUGUAUUAAGUAAUUCCGUUGCCUAUGAUACAGCGACGGGUGAAAAUGUCCCGUCUUCUCGUGACAGAUACAAUUACCAUUCCUACAAUGGAGAUAAGAGGAGCCAGCCGAUUAAUUCACCUCCGUUCACUGUACCUUAUCUAAGUAUUUCCGGGCCUCUUGGCACUUCUACCGUUACCGUAUUCGGUAACUGCAAUACCCAUGAUACAGUAACAGACGAAAAUGUCGCCUCUUCUUGCGAGAGAUACAAUGACAACUCUUACGAGAAUGAUUCAAAAAGCAAACCUAAUAAUCAUCCUCCUUGCGUAAUACCUCAUCUUGGUAUUUCCGGACCACAUGGCGGUUCCUCUGCCAAUGUAUUGAGUAAAUCCGCUACCUAUGAUACCCAUACGAGCGAAAAUUUGAUUUUGGCUCGCACUGUAAAUGAUGGCAACGGAUAUCGAGACCUUAGGUCUACUAGCGGCGAUUUCUUGACCCGCAGAAGUCAAGACAAUCUUCAGAGGUUGGAGGCGAGCUAUGUGAUCGAUGCGCACCGAAGCUCUGAUGGCAUUCUUGCGACUCCUCGCGAUUAUUAUACCCCUUCUUCGACUAGAUUGGGACAUGAUCCAUCUAACCACGGGACUGUCAAUGUCUUGAUGGGCAAAAUAAGCAAGCUCGAUAUCGAUGAUCAAAAGACUCCGAGACCCGCGAAAGUCUCUCUUUUCCCUCCCGGUGCCAAUUUUAACAAAUCGCCUUCGCUCCCUCCUUCCUCCCUCUCCCAUUCUUCUUCCUCCAACCAACCACACCACGAUUCGGAUGUCAAGAAGAGCAUGGGAUUCGUCGUUCCGCUGGACCAUCAUCCCUUUAAAAACGAGAGCACUUCCUGUUCAGGGAUGGAUACUGAACUAGGGAUAUCCCGAGACGAGGAUUUAGAUGAAUCGAUCAUUAAACGUAAAGAAAUCAUAAUUUUGAACGUGGUUAAAAGGAGGGCCGAGAUGGAAGCAUCCAAGGCAAAGAAUAAUGCCAAAGCCGCUCAAGCAAGAGAGAAAAUGAUGGCCAAACAGAUCGAGCUUGAAAAGAAAAGGGAAGAAGUGAAAGAGCGAAAACAAGCUAUACUCAUAAACUAUCUAGAGGCGAAACGGGCACGAAAUAAUACCGACGUUCCUCCGUGCCCUUCCAAGACCGUAUUGCCAUUUAACCAACCUUCCCCGACACACUCCACGUCAGAUUCUAAACUCGUGUCUUCCUUGGCUUCAUACGGGAACGAAGAAUAUCGCCUGAAGCCUCAGUUACCGCAACCGCAAAAUCAGGCCAAAAAUUCAAUCAAGACGACCUCACAGCGUUCCAGCGGUAUUCAUUUCAAUGAAGACUCUAAGGACAAGCGAAUUUUAGGAAAUUCCGCAUCUUUCAAAGGUUUCAAAUCAAGCCAUCGUAAGUGGCUGCCUCAAGAACCUACGGCGGAACUCACGAGGGACGCGGAGGAUAUAAAUGGUGGAAGAGGAUUAUUCUGUCGGAAAGAGAUCGUUUUGGUUAAAAGAAGUUUUAACAGGCGACCCCUAUCAGCUGCUAAGUCUCAAUACUCUCUCAGGGAUAUUCAAGAGGAACAGGGAAAUGAAUUUGAAACUGGGAUUAAUCUUGAAUCCCUUCAAGAAAAUCCAUUCACUCAUACCCAUAUAUGCCCGAGGUACCAAGAGAGUUUCAAAAAUUCUAACGUCUCCCUAUCCACUACCGCCUCCCAGAAGUCUACCAUCAAAAUAUUCUCGAAUAAUAAUAAUGGCAACCAUAACCGCAUUAAAAACGGCGGCUUAAAAAUGUCUAAAAGUAUCAACGGUAAAAAUACGAGUCACACUUGUUCCUCUACUAGCGUCUCUAGUUCUACCAGCGCAAUAGCCCAAAGUGCCACCAACGGUUCUUCCAGGGUAAAUGCCAAACUUUCCGAGAGAUCUAACAGGAAUCUCAUAAUUCAAGCUCUCAGUUAUUCGGUUCUAGCUGGCCCAGUUAAUACGGACGUUAAAACAAGGGCUAUCGAGGCCAUGAACCGAUCACUGGAACACAAGCAAUUCAUAAUUUUGUUUCGCGAUCGUCAAAUGCAAUACCGGGCUCUCUAUCAACGGACCAAUCAGCCCGACGGGUUAGAACUUUACAAGAUCCACGGCUUGGGGCCUAAGCUUAUCGUGGCCGAUCAAGAUGGAAUUAUACAAUAUUUUUAUAAAUAUAACUGUGGGAGCAAAUCCUUCAUGCAAAUCCCUUCCAAGCAACUUUCUGCUACUAUUGACGGGAUAGUCCUCAAAGAAUUCUAUUGGAUUAACUUAAAAUUGUCUAAAAAAUGAAGGGAAAACUGCUGAAAACUAAAAUAUUAAAUUUCUGUGAUAAUUUCAAAGCGUUUAUAAUUUUAAUUUCGAAAAAUAU